ACAUUUUCAAAGAUGGCUGCCUCCAUCACAGGUUUACUAAAACCUUGGACACCCAGGUUAUUCUUGGUGAGAUGGAGCAGGUACAAUCCGUACUACCUGGAGCCAGAACCUCGGAAAGAGUUGUACAACAUGCCAGAGACAGAGCUCACAACAGAGCAGAAAGAGGAGAGGGAGCUGAAAGCUGUCAGGCCCAUUAAGGCCACCACCAACUCUACCACCAGCUCGGUUUUCAAUGACCCGGUGUUAAGCAAGUUUGUCAACAUGAUGAUGAGAGAUGGGGAGAAGAUUCUAGCCAGAGGUAUCUUGACACAGACAUUGGAGAGCUUGAAGAGAAAGCAGGUGGAGAAAUACCACAAAGCCCCACAGGGGAAGAAGGCAGAGAUUGAGUGUAAUCCAUACGCCAUCUUCCACCAGGCUCUUGAGAACUGCAUGCCUGUCAUUGGCCUAGCUAGCAUCCAAAAAGGAGGCAAGUUCUACCAGGUGCCCGUCCCCCUGACAGACAACCGAAGGCGAUUCCUAGCCAUGAAGUGGAUGAUCACAGAGUGUCGGGACAACAAGAACAGACGCACCCUCAUGUAUGAGAAAUUAUCCCAGGAACUGUUGGCUGCGUACUCCAAGGAGGGCAACGUAAUCAAGCGAAAACACGAAUUGCACAAGAUGGCUGAAUCCAACAGAGCGUACGCCCACUAUCGUUGGUGGUAACUAUUAACGCCAAGGCAACAUGCAGAACGGUACCAGAGGGACUAGGAGAUAUUAAACUGAAGGGACAGCGGAAUGGAUUUCCUAGGACAUUUGGACAACAUGUUGUUAUCCCCAAUUCAUAGUCAUUGUAAAUAAAAAGAUCUUGGCUGUAA